AUGUGUGUGUAUGGGUAUCAAAUUUUUCCACACAGUGAAGCAGCCACUAAAUCAUUAAAUACGUUAUUUCCUGUGUCGUACUGUCCUGUGUUGUAUUUGUGUUCUGUUUUUGUCUUUCUGUUCUGUUUAGUUUGCAUCAACAUUACAAGCGUUUACAACAUGGGCAUCACCAUAACAAACGCUGCCAUCGUUGAUAACCGGUCCAGUAAUGUGCAAUGCAAGGUGGGUGCGGAUGCGGGUGCGGAUGCGGAUGCAUGCAUCUUUCAAUGCACGUUCAACACGACAUCGUUCAAUGGAUCGUCUGCUUGCUUUGAAGCCACAGUGACAGAAUACCCUUUCAAGGUUGAUUACAUCAUACAACAGUACAGCAACUGUGCACUAUACUUGUGCACGGAGAGCGAUAUCGUGCCAUUGAUUUUCACUCUGAAUACUAACAGCUCCUGCCAGAAGGAUAUGAUGCAACUCUUAUCCAUCAAAGGUUGCUGUCCAAAGCUCUUCUACAAUAAUGCAGAAGUUAAGAAGACCUUCUUAACAGUGGAAAAACACAUAAUCCACAACAUCAUCAGAGCGACCCAGUUUGAGACUGCGGGCUCCAUACUUCACGAUCUGACGGCCUUUUCCCUGGAUGUGUUGAAUAUCAGUGCGGCUAACCUCAGCUCCUCUGGAACCAGCUGGAUCCGGCUGCAACCUCCACAGCUGCUGUAUCAGAAUGAGUCAUUUGUCCCUGAGAUUUUGAUACCUGUGGAUUGCCUACAAUCCAUCCAAGAUGAGGAGAGGAUUAUUGGUUUGGUCACCUACUUGCAGCAGGACUCGUUCAGACUUGAACAGGAGAAUAUCUCAUCGAUGGUUCUCAGGAUUGAACUACUGGGUGGACGACGCUUAUACAAUCUGCCUCUGCCAAUCAAGAUGACUUUCAGAGUUGCUACAGACACAAAUGACACCUUACUGUGUCACUAUUUGGAUGAACACGAUUGGCUGUGGAAAACAGAUGGAUGUCAGACUUACAGCAACCAAAGUGACAUUAUUUGCAGCUGCAACCAUGCAACAGCCUUUGCCGUCCUACUGACAAGAUCGAAACUUGCAGAGGUCCACUGGAAAAUUCUCUCAUACAUCAGUUACAUAGGCUGCGGCCUGUCUGCCUUCUUCACUGCUUUGUCCAUCCUGUGGUAUGUCUUUAGUAGAAACCACAAAAUGGAUUUUUCCAUUUCUAUUCAUGUAUCUCUGAGCGGGGCCUUAUUUCUGCUCAAUACAACCUUCCUGCUGACUGAGUGGGGGGCCACGGUGGAGCUAGACUGGGUGUGCGUGUUUGUUGCAGCUUUCAUGCAUUACUCCUUGCUCUGCUGUUUCACCUGGAUGGCUAUCGAGGCACUUCACCUCUAUCUCAUGCUAAUAAAGGUGUUUAACACCCACUACAAACACUACCUGGUCAAGCUGUCCCUAGUUGGAUGGGGGAUCCCUGGUGUAAUUGUGGCAGUCUCUGUGGCAGUGAAGGACGUCAAACAGUUUUAUGGAGCUACACAAAUGAGCAUGGCCGAUACAAACCAAACUAAUGCCAUCUGCUGGAUCACAGAUAACUCCUUCUUCUACUCCUUGAAUCUGGUGUAUUUCACCCUCAUAUUCAUCUUCAAUUCUGGCAUACUGAUAACAGUGGCCUCAAGGAUCUGUAAGAUGCAGCAAAGGUUGAGCAGCAGCUCGAAGCUUGGAACAAAGACUGGGGGAAAUGCAGGGAGAGACCCAGAUAACUGCAAGAGUGGCUUCACUGUGAUGGGUCUCACCUGCCUGCUGGGGACCACCUGGGGCCUGGCCUUUCUGGGCUCAGGAUACGUCAACUACCCCAUCCUCUACCUUUUCUGCAUCCUGAACUCCACACAAGGUUUCUUUAUCUUUUUAUGGAUCUGUCUGUCAGCCAAGAAGCAGAGGAAGCAAGAAAUGGAGGACAAGAUGACUACUGUCAACACCUCAGGAAUCAAAUCGGAUUAGACCCCCUUUCAUCGCCUGCUUUUGUCUGGAUGA